UUUCUUCAAUCAAGCUCGCCAAAAUUGAACUUCCGGUUUUUUGCAGAUAACAAAUUUGACAUUUUUUGCGAUAUUUAGUGGCUGAUAGCAGGGUACCAUUGCCUUGAUAAACUCAAGCUUCAAUAUACUGAAAAGACAACUAUUCAGAAUGGCAAGCAACGGACCAAGAAAGCCCAAGAUGGUCGUCUUUGAUCUUGACUACACACUGUGGCCAUUCUGGGUUGACACACAUGUAGAUCCACCAUUCCAGAAACGAAAGUCAGGUGAAAUAGUAGACCGGCAUGGGAGAGUGGUGAAACCCUUCAGGGAUGUGCCCAAGGUCCUGGCCAAGCUUAAACAAGAUGGGUAUAUUAUUGCAGUUGCUUCAAGGACGGCAUGUACCCAGGAAGCCAACUCUUUGUGUGCUUUGUUUGACUGGGACCAAUAUUUCUCGUACAAGGAGAUAUACCCUGGAUGUAAAAUCACACACUUUAACAAAUUUAAGAAGAACAGUGGUAUCGACUUUGAGGACAUGUUGUUCUUCGAUGAUGAAUACAGAAAUAUACGAGAUCUUUCUAAAGUUGGAGUAACAUGCUAUUAUAUAGAUGAAAACAUAGGGGUUACAGAGGGAGUUAUCGAAGAAGGAUUCCAACAGUUUGCCGAUGGCAUAAAGGCCAAGAGUAGAUGAUGACAUGACAUAACAUGUAGUGCCUCUAGUCUGUGAUAACUGUGUUGUUGAUAAAAGUUUGUGAUGACAUGUUGAGCUUGUUUGUCUCGUAAAGAGAAGAAGUUGAUGUAUCGUGAUAGACUUGGUCACAUUUUUAUAGCUGUCAUUAUUUUCAUUAGUGGUGCUGUGGUGCAGAAAUGUUAAGCUUCACCAUUAUUUAAAAGAAACUUCAAAAUAUUCAAAUGAAACUUGGUUCACAAAAUGUCAUGUUUCCAGAGAGCAUUUAAUUAUUCUUGGCAUCAAUGGUGUUGGCAUGCAAAACCUUAAUCUUGUCCAUGAUUAAAAAAACAUUCAAUACACUCAAAUGAAUCUUGGUGCACAGGUGCAGGUAUGCACAGGUAUAUGUAUAGCAAAUUUCAUUACUCUGGUUUUAAUGAUGGAUGAGUUAAACCCCUUGUUUGACAGGGAAAACCAGAGGAGUAUUUGCUCAGUGGGGCUCUUGUUCUAUCUUUAUAACUUGUAUGUACAUUUAUGUAUGAUCAGAUGAUGCCAUUUUUUACAACAUUUAUUUAAAACGAAUACAGAUUGUUUUGUGUCUAUAGAAUGUUAUAAUUAUUAUUGUUUAAGAUGUUCGACCGAAGUCAUUGUCAAGGUUUUAAAAAUACCUUACAGAGUGUAUCGUUCCUAUUAAAUUAGUUCAUACAUUAUUUAAAAAUGUAUUUAUAACCUCUGGAUAAUAAUUAUAUUUUAGGAAAAUAAAGGCAAAUGAUUAAGAAGAAUGAAUUGUUUUUAUCCCCCGCCGAAAGAAUGAGUUGUUUUUAUACCCCUUCUGAAAGAAUGAGUUGUUUUUAUUCCCCGCCGAAAGAAUGAGUUGUUUUUAUUCCCUGCCGAAAGAAUGAGUUGUUUUUAUACCCCGCCGAAAGACUGAGUUGUUUUUACCCCGCUAAAAGAAUGAGUUGUUUUUAUACCCCGCUAAAGAAUGAGUUGUUUUUAUACCCCGCUAAAGAAUGAGUUGUUUUUUUACCCCGCCGAAAGACUGAGUUGUUUUUACCCCGCUAAAAGAAUGAGUUGUUUUUAUACCCCGCCGAAAGACUGAGUUGUUUUUACCCCGCUAAAAGAAUGAGUUGUUUUUAUACCCCGCCGAAAGAAUGAGUUGUUUUUAUACCCCGCUAAAGAAUGAGUUGUUUUUUUACCCCGCCGAAAGAAUGACUUGUUUUUAUACCCCGCUGAAAGAAUGACUUGUUUUUUCCCCUCACACCGAAUAAAUGAGUUGUUUUAAACCGGUGCCAAAAGAAUGAGUUGUUUUAAGCCUCCCCAGGAAACGUGAACUGGAUUUAUUAUAACUUUAUAUACAAUCUUUUAUCAACAACACGACAUCACAGACUAGACCUUAUAAAUCACAUGUAUUUAUUCUGGCAAAAUUAUAUAAUUCUGACAUUUACUUUUAUCCUUUUUACACUUGAAGUCAUAAAGAUAUUGAAAAGGUUAAAGUGAGAUCAUCACAUUGUGAAGGUCAAAUGAAUGCCAUAAAGCGUUCGAAAGAACCUGAUUCCCCUACCAUUGAUGAACUGAGAAAAAUAGAUGGACAAUGGCACCCACUUUGCGGCUGAACUCUCACAGAUUUAACGUUUUGACAACUUUAUUUUAUUCUUUGUCUUUGAAGGAGCCAAUUUUUGCGAAAAUCCAUGGAAACCAGUUAUAUAGGACCGCUGACAAAAAUUAGAUCGCAGAUUUAUAUAUUAAGUUCUAAAACAAAUAUGCAUUUUUCUUCAACCGUUUGUAACGGUUUAAGCCAUAAAACAUUAAUUUUCGAACGGAAAUAUGCAAAUCGGCGAUCUGAUCUUUUGUCAGCAAUCUUUUAUCAUUGGUUUACUGAUAUUUACGCAAAAAAAUGGCUCUUUCCAAGACAAAAAAAAGUUGUAAAAAUUGUAUAACUGUGAGAGUGCAGCUUUAAUUGGCCCAUAAAAUUUCAAAUCACCGCAUUUAAACAGGCCAGAUUUUAUCUGUUCUAAAAGUUUAGAUAUUUCAAUUAAGAAAUU